AAAAUGGACAGAAAGCUUCAGAAACAACGUGAGCCAUUAAAGAAAUGCCAAAAGAAGAAAACGAGCCACACAAGGAACCUGAAUCUUCGGGACAGCACGCAUUCUUGAGAUCCUGUAAAUCCCGUUCGUGGCCCUGCACUUUUCAUUUAUCUUAAUCCCCUCCGUUACGGCGGCGGACCGGAGCAAUUUCGCCACCUAUGCUGUUGCCGUCUUCUCUCCGACACUCUCCGGCCGUACCUUCUUUACCUUUGUUCUCUCACCACCGUCUCUAUAAUCCCAAGCCCCUUCCGAUUCUCCCCUGUUUUCAGUUCUUUCCCAAACCCCUUCUUCGAAUUCGCGCCAUUGAUGCUGCGCAACCUUACGACUACGAAUCCAGAAUGGCAUCCCGUUUUCACAACUCCGAGAAGCUCAAAAUCGCCAUCGUUGGGUUUGGUAACUUCGGUCAAUUUCUCGCUAAAACAAUCGUCCGGCAAGGUCAUACCGUCUUGUCUCAUUCCCGAGUUGACCACUCCGAUGCGGCUCGUAAGCUCGGGGUUUCGUUUUUUUCCGACCCGGAUGACCUUGCUGAAGAACACCCAGAGGUGAUUUUGCUCUGUACGUCGAUAAUUUCAACUGAGAGUGUUCUCCGAUCGUUGCCAUUGCAGAGAUUGAAGAGGAAUACAUUGGUAGUAGAUGUGCUUUCGGUGAAGGAGUUCCCGAAAAGCUUAAUGCUGGAGCUAUUGCCUCCGGAUUUUGAUAUAAUUUGUUCUCACCCAAUGUUUGGCCCUGAAAGCGCUGCGAAAGGGUGGAAUGAGCUGUUCUUCGUUUACGAGAAGGUUCGAAUUGGGUCGGAUGAAUCUAGGGUUUCACGCUGUGAGAAAUUUUUGAGUAUUUUUGAGAGAGAGGGUUGCAGAAUGGUGGAAAUGAGCUGUGUGGAUCAUGAUAGAUAUGCGGCUGAAUCGCAAUUCAUUACUCAUACGGUUGGGAGAGUUUUGAAUAUGUUGAUGUUGGAAUCUACACCGAUUAAUACUAAAGGGUAUGAAACUUUGUUGGAUUUGGUGAAGAACACUGCUGCAGAUAGUUUCGAUUUGUAUUAUGGUUUGUUUAUGUAUAAUAAGAACGCGAUGGAGAUGAUCGAGAGAUUGGAUUUGGCUUUUGGAGCUUUGAAACAACAGCUUUUUGGGCGAUUGCAUGAUAUGGUAAGGAAGCAAUUGUUUGGAAACGGUGAAAAAUUGCAAACAUUGCCUGAAAAUCCUCCUCAAAAUGGGGCUUCUUUUGCACUGACAUCUUAUCUGGAAGCUACCAGGUUUCAGGACCUUCCUCCAACUUAUGACAUCAAAGCCACAAAACUUGAGGAAAAUUCAAAGCUCAAAAUUGCUGUUGUUGGAUUUGGUAACUUCGGUCAAUUUCUUGCCAAGACGAUAGUAAAACAAGGUCACACUGUGUUAGCCUACUCGAGGUCGGACUACUCAGACGUAGCAGAAGAGAUGGGCAUCUCUUACUUUUCUGAUAUGGAUGAUCUAUGUGAAGAACACCCAGAAGUAGUUCUUCUAUGCACUUCCAUUCUUUCAACAGAGAAAGUUCUCAGAUCAUUACCUUUUCGGAGAUUGAAACGAAACACUUUGUUUGUCGACGUACUUUCCGUGAAAGAAUUUCCAAGAAAUUUGUUUCUUCAAAUUUUACCCCCGGACUUCGACAUCCUCUGCACACAUCCUAUGUUCGGGCCAGAGAGUGGUAAGAACGGGUGGAACGAUCUUUCCUUUGUUUAUGAUAAGGUUCGAAUAGGAAAUGAGGAAUCGAGAGCGUUCCGUUGCAACUGCUUUCUUGAUAUAUUUUCGAGUGAAGGGUGCCGAAUGGUGGAAAUGUCGUGCUACGAUCACGACCGGCAUGCAGCAGGGUCACAGUUCAUUACCCAUACAAUGGGGAGAGUUUUAGAAAAGUUGAGUUUGAGCUCUACACCAAUUAACACCAAAGGUUAUAAUACCUUGUUGGACUUGGUGGCGAACACUUCUGGAGAUAGCUUUGAUCUUUACUAUGGUCUGUUUAUGUACAAUGCAAAUUCCAUGGAGCAACUCGAGCGGUUGGACUUGGCUUUUGAAGCAUUGAAGAAGCAACUCUUUGGCCGUUUGCACGACGUUCUUCGGAAGCAACUUUUUGAGAAUACAAAUGACAUCAUAGACGCACAGGAAGAUUUAAAGAUAAUGCCAUAUCAGAUCGGCACUGCUGCUCUAAGCUUCUCUGAUUCUCGUGAUCUUCGUUAAGAAUUGACCUUCCCUUUCACUUCUUACUCUGAGUUCGGCGUAUCGUUCAGCCACUACAUUUCUUCGCUUGUUUUAGGUUUGCUGGUGAUGUACAUUUGUUUUAGCCAAGGUCGUCUAGACGCCUACCGAAUCAGCCAUGUCGACAGCACGGUUGGUUGUAAGCAAACUCUUCCUAAAUUCGAUGACUGAUAUGAACUGAUAUAAAACUGCUGCAGGGAGAAUGGUGAGUAAUUUAGGUGCAAUCUAGGUAAGGAGCUUUUAUUAACACUAGGAGAUGGAACAGGAUGAGUUAGAAGUCAUAGUAGGAAUAAAUUCUGGAUUAGACAUGGAGGUAAGAAUAUCUUCUGGAUUUGAGUUGGAAGAAUUUGGGUUCUUUCUUCUUUAUGGUUCUCAAGACAAUAGAAAUCCUCCAUUUUGUGUCGAGGAGAAAGGGGGCGCAUGGAGGAAUCUAAUUGAAUCAGAUCAAGGGUCCUAAUCGAGUCCGACUGACCUUACUUUUACUGGUUCCCGCCUCUUGUAAUGCGAUCAACCCACAUUCGAGGAGAAAGGGGUGCAUACAAUUCUCGCAUGGAAGAACCUAGUUGAACCGGAUCAAGGGUCCUAAUUGAGUCCAACUGACCUUCUUUGGUUGGCUCCUGCCUCUUGUAACAUGGUCAACCCGCAAUCGGUUAUACAAAUUAUUGUAGAGUUUUUCAGGAAUGUAUUGAGUUCAAGUUUGUCCUAGUUCUCAAUCAUUUUGUGGGUUUGUAUCACUUGAAUGCGGGAUAUUCAAUAGUUGUAUCAAAUAAACUUGAUCGGUUAACUUCUA